AUGACUUCACCUUCACGUUCAUAAAUUCAAAAAGCUCUUGAUCUUGAAAAACAAUUUGAAGAUGGUGAUACUUAAUAAGAAGAAAUAGCUGAAUUAGCUCUUAUAUAUAGAUAGUUUAUAGAAUAUUAUGAUUUGAAUAACAAUCCAAUGAAAUAAUAUUUUAUAGAAAAGAUGAAGCGUUUAAUGCAAUCACCAAGCACUAUGCAAUCCUUAAUUGUAUCUGCACCAAGUACAAGACGUAAUUCACCGACAGGACAAGAAAAUCUAAAACAUUAUUAUCAGAAUUAUUAAUAUGAAACUAUGAAGAAUCAAACAAUCACUCCUAGAGGAAUUAAAUAAUUAUAAAAUGUAUUUCUAAAUUUCAUUUAUUUAUUUAGGACUUUUUAUAUUAGAAGGAAAAUAUCGAGAAGAUUAUUAAUAAUGAUUAUGCUAAAUAGUUAUAGUCAGUAACGGAAAAAUUAUAGCUAAGAAAACAAAAGAGAGGUCCAGGAAAAAAGUCACCAACAAGAACCUUCACUAAAAUUUAUAAACCCCCCACUCUAGAUAUGCUUGAUUUAUGA